AUGCAGAUGGCGGGCGUGAGGACGGCGUUGCUCCUCCUCCCUCCCGUGCCGCUAGUCGUCCUCCUCGUCAUGGCGGUGCGCAAGCUGAGAGCGUCGUCCGGCAGCUCGUCGUCGUCGUUGCGGUCCUGCCUCGCGGUGGGCGAGCUGCCGGUGGCGCUGUAUAGGAGGAGCGGCGGCGGCGGCGGCGAGAAAGAGUUGUUGGAGCGGGAGCAGGAUGCUGCGGUGUGCGUGUUCUGCCUGAGCGGCAUCGAGGAGGGGUCGGAGGUGAGGGAGCUCGAGUGCCGGCACCUCUUCCACCGGGGCUGCCUCGACCGGUGGCUGCUGGCGGCGCGGCCGCUGGCGACGUGCCCGCUCUGCCGGUGCCGCCUCGUGCCAUCUCCGGAGUACGAAGAGGGGGAGUCGGAGUCGGACAUGAUGCUGUUCAUGGCGUGCGUGCACGGCUGCAGCAGCUGGUUGUGGCCGUCGUGA